AUGUGGCUCACACUCGUCGUAUCCACGGUCUGCGUGCUUGUGCAUGCAGCAAACCAAGCACUGCAACGGAUGGAUGUGGAUGCGCACUUGCCUUAUGCGACAUUGCCGACGGACCCACUCACCGUCCAUGACCUGGAGCUCUCGAAUGUGCUUGUUGUGACGACCCUUGAUGGGCGCCUACAUGGAAUUGAUCGUACUUCUGGGCAUGUGCUAUGGUCAUUUCAGGCGAAUGAGGACUCGCUGCACACGUCGCCGCUUGUUGCGUCCACGUAUCAGCAUCGGACGAUGGAGCAGUUGGCAAAAGAUGCGCGUGACCAUGGCGACUCGACACUGCUUCGCGCAUUACAGGGCGGAGGCUUCUACGUCGUUGAGCCGUCGCAGGCCGGUCACUUGUACCUGCUGCAUAUACCAGUGGGUGCAACGAAGCCCAUCUUGGACAAGUUGCCGUUCUCGUUGCCUGAGCUCGUGUCAAUGAGUCCCUUCUCUCUGCACUCGGACGACCCUCGCAUUUUCGUUGCUGAGAAACGCACGUCUUUGAUGGAGCUGAAUGUAUUUACCGGCACUGUACGUGCCGUGUACAGCGGCAGUAGCCAUGAGGCGGCGGACCUGGUGGGCAAGCCGCUGCCAGCGAGACCGCGAGUGUUUCGUGAACAAGACACCCAUGCUCCCUUGGAUACUGAUGAUGACACCUACGACGUUAUUGAUGAAGACGAUGAUGCUAUAGAGUCGCCGUGGGUAUAUGUGGGCCGCACAGAUUACACGCUCAAGGUGCAUGUACGCCAUGUGCCACAGGCCGAACAAUCAGUUCACUACCAUGUGUACACACCGAAUAUGGCCGACCGCGAUGUCGUGCAGCUAUGGCACCAGAUGAAUCAACCGGCCGAUCACCGGGCCAUUCUAUCGUCACCCGAGAAUGCCACGCUCAUCUGCUUCGAUUUGCGACUUGCUCGCAAUCCUCAGAGGCACAGCACGCAGCCAAUGCCGCCUGUUCUCUGGUCAGUACGUCUCGGAGAGUUGCCUGUGGAUAUAUACGAUGUGGUGUUUGCACCAUCGGCUAUGGAUGCACCACUGCUGCGUCCAGCACUCGUUCCGCACAGUCCCGGCAUACUAAGCACCAUUGUUGAGCAGCAGCUACGGCGAGACCCGCGAGACCAGCCAGAUCAGCAGGAUAUGCCAACUUCGUCGUCAUCGUCAUCGUCAUCAUCGACGGAUGAAUACCAGCUGAAUGCCUUUAUCGGUUCGGCUUCUGAUGGCAGUCUGUUUGCAUUGAGCAGUGCAAGAUACCCCCUUGCAGGUCUGUCGGAGCAUGCGGCUAUACUGCGUGGCAGUAGCGAUGCUCGUGAUCCAGCCAUGGAUUCCUCACGCGUAGACCAAAAAGUUUUGCGUCCUUGGAUCGGGGGUUACCGAGUUCGCUCCCCCGUUCUAUCACCCCAGCAUGCCUUGCCAAUGCUUGGCGCUGCGUCGCAGCCGAUUUUACAGCUGGAAGCACCUGUCCAAGCACCAGUGUCCCACGCGCCAUGGUUUACCAAGUGGCGCAUAGCUCAACUCGCCGGUCUCAUGUUGAUUCUGCUUAUUAUCUACCGCGGUUGUUAUUUCAUAUGGCGCGACUCCCAGCCGAAGUACUUGGACAUUUCAUCAUUGGCAUUCCCAGACACUCGAGUUUCACCGAGUUCACCACCCAUGAAAGACAACACGGUCGGUGUCAGCGCAGCGACGACUCUAGCAGCGACUCCAGCCACGACAUCACCCCCAACUCCUACUUUGGCCGGUAGCACCACAAUCGUGCGAUCGUCGUCUUCCGAGCAAGUGGAGGAGGAAUCUAGCACUCAUGCAUCGCCACCGAUACCCGAUCCUCAGACUCCACAAGAGUGCGAGGCGGAUCCUAAGCGCCGGCGCCGUCGGCGUGGCAAGCGCGCAGGAGCUGCUGUUCUUGCACGUCAGGCGCGUCGCGAGGGGUCUGUUGAACCCGCCUCUCCGCUGCGAUCAGCAGUCGACUCUUCCAAAGCCUUAGCCACGGCCCCGACGUCUCUCAAUGCAGAACCCGCGGCAAACUCGUCCAUCCACGCCUUGGCGCCGGAGUCGGCGUCGUCCGCGUUGGUGCCAAGUGAUGCAUCUCAUGAUACCCCAGCAUCAUUAGUCGAGCUGCCAUCGACAUCACUGCAAAUCUCGGAUGAAGUGCUUGGCUAUGGUUCGUCAGGCACCGUUGUGUUCCGUGGCACGUUUCAAGGCCGCGCUGUUGCGGUGAAGCGCCUCCUGCGUGACUUUGUGCAUCUUGCAUCGAAAGAAGUCUCGUUACUUCAGUCGGCCGACAACCACCCCAAUGUUAUACGAUACUAUUGCCAGGAACUGACGCCCAACUUUCUGUACAUCGCACUCGAAGAGUGUCCUGCCAGCCUGGCUGACUUGAUUGAACGUCCCCUUGACCAUACCGAGCUGGCCUCCUUGCUUGAGCCUCGGCAGGCAUUCAAGCAAAUCACCGCUGGCCUAGUGCAUCUACAUUCCUUGUCGAUUGUGCAUCGCGACAUUAAGCCUGGCAACAUUCUCGUGUCACUCACAUCUCAACAGAAAUUGCGCGUUCUUCUGUCUGAUUUCGGGCUCUCGAAAAAAAUUGAUGGCUUGUCUUUCAGUGCACAGACACAAUCUGCCCACGCUGGCGGCACUAUUGGGUGGCGCGCUCCUGAGCUCCUGCGUGGCCACGAUACGGCGUCCGGACCCAUUUGCGGCAGGGAGCGUCUCACCCGGGCUGUAGACAUAUUUUCGCUUGGCUGUGUCGCUUAUUACAUGCUCACGCGUGGUGCACAUCCAUUUGGUGAGAUGUAUGAGCGGGAAAUGCAUAUUCUCCAAAACAAAGUCGAUUUACAUGCGCUUACUGCAUCAGGCGAUGACAUCGUCGAGGCUGAAGCUCUGAUCAUGCGCAUGAUUGACACGGAUGCGACGAAGCGGCCGACGGCGUCGGACGUUGCACGGCAUCCCUUCUUUUGGAACGCCGCCAAACGCGUAGCUUUUCUUCAAGACGUGAGUGACCGCUUCGAGACACUCGAGCGCAAUCCACCCGCUUUUGCGCUGGAACUACUUGAGCAGAAUGCUUCGUCAGUCGUUGGCACUGAUUGGCGUCGUCGCUUUGACCGCACCUUCUUGGACGACCUUGGCAAAUUCCGCACGUACAACUCGGCGAGCGUCCAGGACCUCUUACGCGUAUUGCGAAACAAAAAGCACCAUUUCCAGGACAUGCCGCUCGCGCUCAAAAAACAGCUUAGUCCGAUGCCUGAAGGUUUCUUGUCAUAUUUCACGCGCCGCUUUCCGGCGCUGUUUCUCCACGUGUAUCAUGUCGUUGAGCGUUUGCCGCAGUUGCGGUCCGAACCAAUAUUUGCGUCGUACUAUGAAUCAGAAGAUACAUCGUAG